UGCUCACGUGACGUAUACUUUGUGUAGUCAUGGCAGACGACUACAGGCGACACGAUUUUGAGUUGGAGAGGAGAAUAUUUGAGAUAGACAACAAAUGUUCAUGUCUCCGCGCUGAAAAGCAAGAUGAUGACUAUUUGCAGAAUGCGUCUGCAAUACUAGAGAAGUUGAAGGGCUUUUACAGACAUGGAGGAGAAAGCUUGAACCUUUCCAAGCUGCUUCAGGAUUACACACAGGUGAUUCUUGACAUCACUUUCUAUGAAGAGAAUCAAUUGGUGGAUCAGGAAUUCCCCGAAGACUCCUCACCAUUUAAGAUCCAGCAGCUGCUGCAAGACCUGACUGAGCCAGAGGUGUUGGUGGCACGGCUGGCACCAGGACAGGAGGUGCAGUGCGUGUUGGGCACAGAGCUGUUGGAAUGUCUCUACUGGAGACGUGGAGCUCUGCUGUACAUGUACUGCCACACCCUUCAUCAGCGAAAGCAAUGGAUCAAGAAGAACAAGGACACAUUCAUUAAGUGUAUUCAAGAAGGUGUUCGGUAUUUGAUGCGGAUGCUGCAAGUUAGAAACACAGUGAAGCUCAGCGACGGGGUGGUCCUUCAUGACAGUGGAGCAAGCAUUUUAUCUGAGGGUAUUUUUUCAGACACCCACCUGCUGACGAUGAUGUACAUUGGGGAAAUGUGUUUCUGGGCCGUCAAGUAUGAGGACUGCAGCGCCGACCCUACAGACCACAAAGAAGACGGCCUCCAGUUUCGGGACAUCGGCACACAGAUUCUGAACAAAUAUGUGAAUGCCUGCGAGGGACCUCUGCAGGGCCAGGGCUGGAAUACAGAAAAUGCCAAGGAAAUCCUUAGUAUUUUACAGUGAAAUAAAGUGCUCAUGUGUAAAAGUUACCAUCAGGCGCAGAUCUGAGUUCAGUGUUCAAAUGUGUCAAACCCAAAUAAAUAUGGAACUCCGUAAAAGAGGUGCAGCGUU